AUGCCGGAGAAAUUCGAUUGGAAUGACAUACAGCCCAGACUCCCAGAAUACCGCAAAGUUCCAGCUGAAAUCAUAUAUAGAAGAGUAGGAGCUCUGCCAGAAUACGGCUCUUGUCCAGAUGAGCGAUACUUUGCAUUGGACAAAACUAACGGCAAACAGUACUUCCUCUUUGAGUCCAAAAACGACUUCAUCGGUUAUUAUCUAAAUAAGUAUUUUUCACGCGAAAAUAUAUCCAGUGAUCCGGAGAUUCACUUCGCCUUCAUCGAGCAUGGUGGAAUGCUUCUGAGUCAGAUACCGCAUUACAAGGCAUUCUAUUGGAUUGAUGCUCAUUACGAGGAGGUCAUGGCGGCUGUGCCUAUGAAGUGCGCGGAAUUGGAAAUGUUUCAGCUGGAGCCCUAUGGAACAUUUGUGAGGCGUAAAGAUGGAUAUAUUGGAAUCGAAGAGACGCAUCGAAAUGGGCGGAAACAUAGCGAUUCGAAUUAG